CAGGUGGCAGUGUGACCACAGAGCGCCUGUCAAAUCAACAGUGCCACACAUGUGCGCAUGCGCAGGGGGUUGUGGGGGAAUCAUGCUUUAGAAAACAAACUGAAAUUGAUGUGAAAAUGUAGAGUAGAGUAACCUAAUACAUUUUUUUUCAAGCAAUGGGGAUACCCUGAUAUUAGUAAUACAAUGGCAACUCCCGCUAUUCGGAUGUUUCGGAGGUUAGAGGGUCUUUUUUGUGUGUACAAACCCUCCGGUGUCCACUGGAAACUUACACGGGACAGCAUCGAGACAAAUCUUCUCAAAGGUUUAAAUGCAGCACCAGUGCCGCCUCUUCCUCGGGAGGUCCGUUUCUUGGCACAGCCAGGCAGUGAGACUGAAGCAUCCAAGGGACUCACACUGUCUGCAGCCUCUCUGCCAGUACUAUCCAAACACCAUCUGGUGACUGGACCUGAAUUCCAGCGUAUCCGAGUUGGGGUAGGACAUCGCCUGGAUGCAUUUUCUUCUGGUGUUCUAGUUCUUGCAGUGGGGAACGGAAACAAGGCCCUGCAGGAUCUCUACACUUCACGAGUCACAAGGGAUUACACGUUAGAGGGUGAAUUUGGGACAGCAACAGAUGAUUUCUCUCACACUGGCCGAGUUGUGGAAAGGUCCACCUACGGUCACAUCACACAGGAUAAGCUGGACAGAGUCUUGGCAAUGCUGCAGGGAGCCAAUAAUAAGGCCUUGUUAAUGUAUUCCAAUGUAGACAUGUCCUCACAGGAAGCCUAUGAGAUGGCUGUGCAGGGUUUACUGGGUCCAGAGGGGAAAUCUGUGCCUAUUUUGACAGGCCUGCGUUGCAUUCGCUUCCAGCCUCCCAACUUCACUUUGGAGGUGCAGUGUCUAAAUGAAACUCAGAAAUAUUUGCGCAAAGUUGUUCACGAGAUAGGACUUGAACUGCGCAGCACAGCAGUGUGUAAGGGAGUUCGACGGACAAGAGACGGCCCCUUCACCCUGCAGGAUGCCCUGACCCACCACCACUGGACUGCUUCUGAUGUCAUGCGCGCCAUCCGACAGUACCACUCCUCUAAGAAAAGUAAAAAACGUUCCCAUGCACAGAUCAAGGAUCCAGGAUUAAAACCACCAGAAGAGAAUAUGGCAGCCAGUCAGCAAAGUGACACCAACUGGGAAGAAGCAGAACAAAAAGUUCAAUAAUUUGAGCUGUGGCCAGCAGGUAAUUCGGUAAUGUCAGUCUGAUUAUAAACAGUGACUCUAUGAAACCAGCGUCUGAGUUCAGCUCAGUUGGAAAAGAGGUUUGAUAGACCAGAGAUCCUGGUUUCUAAAAGAGAAAGUAUCAAAUUGGACACAAUUCAUCACAUUUGUUUAAUGUCUGAACUUUCUGUAUUUCAUAUAAGUUUCAAUGUGUUCACUUUUGUUAUCAUGCAGAUAAUGUUAACUUAUUUUCCAAAUGUUAAUAUUAAAGUGGUUUAUGAAAUAAAUUAAAACAGAAUUUGA